CUUUGCCAGGGCGGCGCCACCUGCACAGGGACCGAACCGGGCAGAAACGAGUCAAGGAGAGGAUUGCCAACUGGGGGGGCGGGAGGUGAUCGAGGCGGAACGGGCUGCCCCCCCCCACCACUGCUGCUGCCUCCGCCGCUGCUUGCGAGCGGAUUACGAGUGACUGGACGGGCGCGGACGGGGGCGGCACGGGCAGGCGAGCCCGAGGUCCCGGCAUGAGAGCGAGGGCCGGCUGACGGAGGCCCUUGGCGCCAGGGGCCGGGCGAGGGAGCGGGCUGCUGGGGUCGCGGGCCUUCGGGUACCCGCUGGUCCCCGCUGGUCCCCGCGUGGCCGCGGCCAUGGGGGGAGCGUCUUCGUCUCCCGAGAGCGUGCGGGAGGUGCUGUCUCUGCUCGCCCACAAUCCGCUCGUCGCCUUCACCGAGAUGUGGUACUGGGUCUUCCUGUGGGCACUCUUCUCCUCCAUCUUCGUCCACGGUUCCACGGCGCUCCUCGCCUUCGUGUCACUGCGGCGCCACCGCAAGGCACGGUUCUUCUCGGUGGCCAUCGCCGUCAUGGGCGUGCUGGCUCCCAUCACCGGCGGCAUCAUUACCAGUGCCGCGGUAGCCGGCGUUUACCGCGCCGCCGGCAAGACGAUGCUUCCGCUGGAGGCGUUGGUGUUUGGCUCGGGGCAGACGGUCAUCACCGUCAUCAUAUCCGCCGCGCGCCUCCUCGCCAGCCUCUGAUCGCCGGCCUAGGAUCCUCCCACGUCGUUCUCCUAGAGCCAGACCGAGAUGGAGGCAGCAGCGGAGCGGCCGGUUCGACGCCAGGAUGAACCGACGGACGGACGGACACCGCGUGCGCACGUUUGCUGGCGCUCGUUCCGCCGACGUGGAAUUGAGCUGGCUGGGAGCGGAGUUCCAGACGGCGCGGAUGAAAGCCAAAGUUCGCUCUGCUGGGAUUUGA